UUGGCCAGGGCGGGGCGGCGAGUUUAGGCAAUUUGCGUUGAGUUUUUCAUAGCGCUUGCUAGAUAUCAUGGCUGAAAGACAAACGUUAGAAAGAGACCCUGAAUGGGAGAUUAAGCUGAGGCCCCACUUUGUGGAAGUUGCUGAGAACUUGUUUCCUCGUCGCAAUCGGCUUUCUUCUUUGCUGUACAGCGCGGGUCUUCUUCGCGAAAAAGAAGAAGAAGAGUUUGCAAAGUCGGAAAAGGCAGAAUCAGAUCUGGCUAUGGACAUUUUACGUGUUCUUCGUACACAAGGUCCUGGAUCAUUCAAUACAUUUUGUAAUGUACUCCUACAAGUUGCGGAUGGCGCAUUAGGACGUGUAGAGAAAUUUCUUCGUUCAGGCGGGCAAGACAGGAAGCGUACACAUACAGCUGGAGAAGAAAGUUUGUACAUGUUUCCAGCUCUCUUGCCUCAUAAGGAUCUGUCUGUCGUGUGGAAGAGAGACAAAAGUAUGAACGUGUAUGUCGGUCGACGUCAAGUGUGCAGAAGUCAGACGACCAUCUUCAGUCCAUCUGCAUUUGGCAUGUUUCAAUCUAAAGUUUGCACUACAUUAGAUAAGAAAGCACAGCUGUGGAGGAAUGGACUAAUCACAUCACAAGGUGAUACAGUUUCUAAUCAUGUUUCAUGUUUGGUUGCCAUGGUAGAUCCUGUUCGUUCUGUCGACUUUGUAUGUCGUGGAGGUAAGGCAACAGAAGCAGAAUGUGUUUCCCUGCUCGACACUGUCAUGUCUCUUUGGAGAGAUAUGUUAGACAGAUACAGUCCAGGCACUGACUAUGAGACUGAAUAUCUGAGUAGAAAGCAUUUAGAGGAACACAAAGAACUGAAACAAGUUGCUGUUUACUCUGAGGAGGAAAUCAAGGAAGCAAAGGCAAAGAACAAAGGGCCAGACACUGCAGUAACUCAAGUAGUUGGUAAUGAACGAGUGGUAGAAAGUCUUGGUGACCUGCUGGUUGUUCUCCCUUCCAAACCAGCAACUCCACUUUCUCCCAGUCCAGUUAUGAAGGCUGUUAUUGAGUAUGGUGUAGAUCAAUGGCAUUCAUUUGCAGAAAGAUUAGGUUUUAAUUUCUCUCAGAUUAGUGCCAUGUCUCAUGACAAAGCGUCUCUCACUGACAAAUUAUCUGCAAUUAUUCACGUGAAGACUGAGGAAGUUGGUGAUAUGAAGAAGAUGGAUGAUCUGCUACUGAAGGCAUGUGAACUGUUACCGGAUCCCAUUCAUGCAGCAGUCAAGAGAAGCUUGUCAUCUUCCCAAUAUGAUUGUAGCUCAUAAGUGUGACCGUUAUAUAAACAUUAUAGUCCCAUAAAUUGGCAUAAUGUCUGUUUGUGUCAAUUGUGUGUAUCUGUAAGCAAUCAUAGUGACACUUGGUGUAAACAGAAUUUCAUGUCAUCAUCAGACAUCAUGCUAAUACAUGUAUUGUUGUAUUUACAGUAUUUAUAUCUAUCUAUACUACCAAAAUUGGCGGUGUUUGUAUGUAUAAGUUUGAUAGCAGGUUA